UUACUUGAAGUCAACAUAUUUCUCCCCCUUUGUCAAUAUCAAAAGUGGAGGGUCAUUGAGAGAAAAAGCAGUUAAAAUACAAAGAGGAUAGAAGAUACCAAUUGAAAUAAUAAUAAUAAUAAUAAUAAGUAUAAUAAAUGAUACCAAAUAAAGAAGAGUAGGUAUGAGAAAUUUAAGGAAUGUAGGAGUUGUGUUAUGAUCAUGUUAAUAAAUGAUUAAGUAUAAAGAACAUUGUUGUUCAUCCAAACCUUGAUCUUCACAGCCUCAUUCCUUUCUUGAUGCUUCAGCCAUCUGUCUGAUACCAAUUUGAACCAACUUAAGUCUUAUGUUUGAUAUACUUGAAUGACCUUCUGCCUGGUAGCAGCAGUCUGCUGGUUGUAGCAGCAAUAUGCUAUUGCUCUUUCAGUACACAUCUGGAUCACUUUGCUUGAGCAUUCUGCCUUGAGGACAAGUGUUUUCCAUACUUAACCAAUAACAGAUCAAGGCACACAAUUCCCAAUUUAUGAUAAUUUCUUUAUUCUACAAUAUUAAUUUUCUAUUAAUGAAAAUAUUUAUUUUAAAAAUAGAAUAUUUAUUUAAAAAUAAUAAUACUUAUUCCCAAAAAACAUAUAAAAGAAUAAAUUGAAUUUUCAAAAAAUAUUAGGUGAACAUAAUAUUUAUUUAGUAAUAAGAGAAUAAUGAUUAGUUUUUCUUAUAAGAUAUUCGAUAAAAACAAUAGUUACUAUUGAAAAAUAUGCGACCAUAAUGUCAUUGUAUUCUAAACAUAAAAGGUGAUGAAUAAAAACUAAUUGAUAUAUUUUUCACAUGUAUUUUCAAAAUUGACAUUUUACAUUUACUAAUUAAAUUAUCUUUCAAAUCGGGCUUAAAACAAGAGAAGCAUUUAAGAAUAAAUUUUAUGAUUUUCAAAUUAAAGAAUUGAAUUAAUACAGAUAAAAUAUGAUGUAAUAAGUAAAUUCUGACUACAUACAAAUUGUGGGAUUCUUCUAAAUAAAUAUAUACAAUAUUUAUCUAUAUUUUAUAUUCUCCAUAAAAUUUUGGAAAUAGUAUUUUAUACAAAAUGUGCAUGAUGUAUUUAAGGCAAGAAAAAGAUAAAUAAAUUGAAUUAAUUUCAGAUUUCUGCAUUCUCCAUGUAUGUUCAUUUUACAUAUAGAUUACAGAGUUAAUGAAUUGAAAUAGUAUUGAUCAAAUAUAUACUACGUAAUAUAAUAAGUUAGUUGUAAGUACAUACACAUUGUGAGAUUCUCGAAUUAAAUAUAAACAAAAUCUUAUUGUUUUAUUCUCCAUAAUAUCAUGGAAUAGGUACUUUAUACUGAAUCUGAUUGUAUUAGGGAUACGAAAAAUAAAUAAAUUGAGUUAUUUUUAAAUGUAUUUAUUUGGAAUUUUUUCUAACCAAUAUGUUUGCAUAGUAAAAUGAAUUCUUCAUAUAUUUGAUUUAUAUCUUGAAAGGUAAGUUUCAAUAAUGGUAAAUAUUACAUUGAAAUACCAAGAGUAAUGAGCAAAAGACGUCUUAAUAUACUCAAAUGUUCAAAAGAAAUAAAUUUAUUCACCAAGACGAUGAAUGUGGUUAUAAGGAGUUUUCCAAAAACCUAAUAAUGUGAUGUUUGGUGUGUGUGGUGUUAGAGAAUCUCAAAUGCAAAGUGUGUAUUGGUGCACAUAUGGCAGGAGAGAUAUAGCUACGAAAAAUUAAUUAAUAGAAAACCAUUCACAUUCUUUCCACCAUGUAGUAAAUAUAUAAUUGUUUUUUGUUCACAAUGUCAAUCACAAUGUCUAGAUCUUGACAUUAUACCUGACAUUGUGAAUAAAAAGUAACUAAACUUUAUUACAACGUGGAAAGAAAGAGAAAGUAUUUCUGUUAAUUAAUUCUUUUGGACCGUCCACACAUUUGCCUUAGAGAUGCUCUGAUAUUACAAUGUCACAUUUUAAUAUAUUCCUUUUAAUUAAUUUACUAUCCUCAACGAACAAACGUUUAUCCAAAGUAAAAUAAUGAAUUAUUUAUAUAUUGUAUAAAUGUAUAUAUCUUACAAAAUAUCCAAACAUUCUCAAAAUCCAUCUGGGCAACGCCCAUGUAAAACACUAGUUUCUUUGUCAUUUGUUUGCCAUCAUUACGUUAUGUAAACAAGAUUUAAGGCAUUUAGUAAUGUUCAACAUUCUAAUCAGGAUGGUUAGUAAUCUUGUACUCCUUCUACAUUAAUCAGAAUUAAUCCCUUGAGAGUUGUUGAACGAUUCUAGACUUAACGGGAACUUGAAGUGAGGUGUGAACUAUGAUGGUUAUAUCCACUCUAUGCGGUUCCCGGUCCCUAUCUCCCAUACAUGGAUUUAGGUCAAUGGACUCCGAUUUAUAGACGAGUUAUUGUAAGUUACAAAACUGCUUCAUGUACACAGGCAUUUUACACGCCAGUGUACACGCUAUAAAAAACAGCCAAUUCAUUUUUACCCCUUCCCACCCAACUCCUUUCUCCCUCUCUUUCCCGAAAACUGGUUGAUGUACACUUUCUAUGUACACCUUUCGCACAUGUUUCUGUCUACACAGACAGAAUUGUCCGUAUACAGACACAUUCUAUAUUUCAAUUGUGUAGACGACAAGUUUGCCAAAGGUGAUUAACAGAAAGAAAGAGAGUAUUUCUGUUAAUUAACGAGUCGGUUGUUUGUUUUGUUCCUUUAUCAUCAACGUAGAAAGAAAGAGAAUAUUUCUGUUAAUUAAUUCUUGAUGUCACUUGUGAUUACAAAGGUAUUGUAAUAUUCUACUGACUUAUCUGUUAUUAUAGUUUUAAUUCACAAGUCAAGAAUGGCCAUGGAAAAGGGAUUUUGCUCAAUUGGACUAGGGAUUUGGGAAGGGAGCUGUGAGAGAAAUGAAAACAACAAAGGAAAAUGAAAGUGAAAAGUAGGGAAAAUUCCGGAAACAUGAGUAAAAAAAUUUGAAAAUUCCAAAACAGGACAAUUUUUUUAUUGGGAAAUUAUCACUGAACUCCCUUGAGGUUUCAUACGUUAUCACCUAGAUCCCUGCACCAUUGAAAAAUACCCUUACCCCCUCCCUAUCCUUUAAUGAGAGAUUAAUAACUUCUAACCAUGCUUAACAAAAUUAUAGAUUUAAUCGUCUAAAUUUACUCAUUUGCAUAUAUGAUGGGUAACACAUAAAUUUAUCCGCAUUACGAAUUUUUCCACCAGAAAGUGCACUUUGUAAUGAAAAAUUUGACAUCGUCUUUUCUAGUAUGUUUUUUUGCCAUAAUGUGAGUUUUCCGUGAAAUAGUCGUUAAUAUAGACAUAUUUAUUAGUUAUAGAACUAGUUCUUCACGAGAGUAAUUUAUAGGACUAAUAGUGGACACAAUAAAAAAUAUGAGCAUAAAAACAAAUCCUUAUUACUUUUAAAAGUCCAAAAAUAUCCAUUAGAUUGUAGAAAUCUUGGUGGAAUAUACAUCUCACGUUAGAGAUUUUUUUUCCCACGUGAUAAAAGACUACUAGCUUCAGCACUUAUAAUAAAAAUAUUUUUAAAGUUUGAAUGAACAUUAUUUAGAAUUACAGUUUAGCUAAACUACUUUUGAAGUAUUAUUUUAUACCUAAAACAGAUGUUGGUGAAUGAUCUUUAGGACAAGGUUGAAACCAUUCGAGUAAGUAUUUCCCAUAAAACUUUAAUAAGUACAGUAUUGUCCUAAAAUCAUUAACCAACAUCUGUUGUAGGUGCAAAAUAAAUAAUAUUCCAAAAGUUUUGCUCAACUGUAAUUAUAAAUAAUGUUCAUUCAAAAUUUUAAAAUAUGUUUAGUAUAUCUAAAAAAUAUUAGUGGAUGAUUAAGAAGACUGCAGAAACGAGUACCCCCUUUAUCCCAAUAUUAUCUUCAAACUUUCCUAGCUUUUUCGUCCGUCCUAAAAUUAUCCCAUCUUUUCUAUUUUAGCAAAAAAUUGUGGUUCACAACUUAUUUGCAGAAUUCUCCACCACACAAUACUCACUAUCUUAAUACAUGUGACAUUUGUACUUCAGAAGAUAAAUUAGGGACAGAGGGAGCAAUCUUUUUUCAUGUAAGAAAAAAACCAACGUGAGAUGUAUAUUUCACCGGCUAAGAUCUCUACAAUCCAUACAUAUUUUUGAACUUUUAAAAGUAAUACAAAUUUUUUGUUUAAAAUUCGUACUUUUCGAUUGUAUCCGUUAUUAAUUAGUUCUAUAAAUUAACUCUCAUGUAGAUGUACUUGGGCAAAAUAAUGAAUAUGUUAAUAUUAAGGUUUAUUUCAGAUUAUUCGAUGGCGGAAACCAAAAUCCAGAAAUAAACUGAAUAUUAAUGCUCGUUACUUAUUUGGCAGUGCAUCUGGUGGAGCAAUUAUGUGAGACUCUAGAGGUGUCUUGAUUCGAGCUGUUGCUUUCCCGUUGCAAGCUUCAUUGUCGGUAGAGACUGAGAUCCAGGCUAUUGCUUUUGCAGUUCGAUGGGCGACAGAUGAGGGCUUUGUUGAUUUUCAGGUUGAGUUAGAUUGCUCCCAAGCGCUUGAUUAUUUCGUUGGUAAAGAGACGGGGAGAUGGGUGGACUUGAUUCAGGAAACCUCGCUUAUACAGAUCAGGAAACGUUUGGUAUUCAAACAUACUUGCAGGGAAGGGAAUUGGGCCGCACAUUAUCUUGCUGAUUAUCGGGCCUCAAAAUUGGUUUAUUUUAAUAGCCCAGAUCAAUUGCCUAUUUAUGUUAAAAGGGCCUAUCUGGUGGAUUAUUUUGGCAUUCCUUCUUUCAGGUUCUAAUUCUCUUGUUUGAUGUAUUUGAUUGGGUCAGGUCUAGCCCCUCUGUCAUCUGUUUUAUUUUUGCAUGCUUGUAUUUCGAAGAGGUAUGCUUCUUCUAAGGGGUUUUGGUCUAGUCCGCCUCUCGGUUUUGUACUUCUUUUAUUUUUAAUAAAACCCGACAAAUGUUCCCCGGCAUUUGCCGCACUGAUUUUGGUGGUUUACCUUCCGGGUUUAAAAAAAAUUAAGGUUUAUUUCAUCAGAAAGUACACAUUCCCGCAAAAACACAUACUAGAAAAGACGUCGUUAAAAUUUUCUCCACAAAGUGUACUUUCUAGUGGAAAGAUUCUUCAUGCGGAUAAAUUAUUUGUCACCAGAUCAAAUAUGCAAGUGAGUAAGGUUAUAGGACUAAAUCUAUAAUUUUGCUAAACAUGAUUAGGAGAUAUUUAAAUUCUCAUUAUAGGAUAAGGAGGGGGGGGGGGGUAUAAGUAUAUUUUUAAUAGUGCAGGGGUCUAGGUGAUAAUACGUGAAACCUCAAGGGAGGUCGGUGAUAAUUUCCCCGUUUUAUUCCCAAAAUAGGACUAAUUAAUGCAAAAUUUGGAAAAUACUGUCAUGUUUAAAAUCUGAUAAUACCAAAACAUGACAGUAAUUAGUCCUGUUUUUGAAAUAAAAACAUUAUAAUUCUAUUUUGGAAUAUAUAAACGUUGUUAGUCUUAUUUAGGAUAAUUUUGCGGAAAGGUAAUGCGGUAAAACGGCUUCUUUUAAAGCGUGUACACAAUACAUUUUUGUGUAAGUUAUUGUUUACGAGAACAGAAAAUCUUGUGUACAAAAGCGGGUUUAAACUAAUGGACACAAAAAUCUGUGUAUCUAACCUAUUAUAAUAAAGGACAAUUUUUCUAUUAAAUGCAUAGUUGUGUGCUAAACCCUUCGAGACUAUGCUUUAUCUUGAUGUACAUUGUGUUAAGGAUGACGUACACAAAGUAUUAUUCACCAGUGAAACGUUUAACGAUCGUUAAUUGGUUAACGGUGUCUAAGUCUAUCAGUCUUAACAAAAACUAAUAUGGACUGUUUCUUUUUCGAAUCAGUUUGUGAAGCCAAAGCGACAUAAUUUUUUAAAGUCCAUUCUAGAACUUGGAACAUCAAAAUAAAUUCAGUUUCAACUCAGAAGAUAUUAUGCUCUUUCUCACGUGAGAAGUUUCCUUAGGUUUCUCAUCCUCCUCACGCAACAUGGUCAACAUUUUGGUGAGUUUGCUAUUUUUUCCAUGUUUGUUGAUUAUUACCAUUGAUAGAUAUACUCUUAACAUUGCAACUCUUUGCCUAUGUUAUAUUUGCCUAUGUUAUCUUUCACGCAUACAAGGUGUUUGAGAAUAUGUCUAAAUAGAGCCUCUAUUAAUUAUCCAACCGUAUCAUCCAUUGACCAUUUAGGGAGGGGCGAAUUUAAAAAACAAUAAAAAUUUGAACAAGGAGGUUCCAAUCUCUGCUUCAACGUGUCCAGUUCUUGUUUAAGCAUGCAUCGUUGUUUUACCAUUGUUUUUUGUUAUGGUUGCUAAGCUGAUUUUCAUCUCCAACAAAAAGUUGGCAACCUCCAGAGAUACCAUUAAUAAUGGUGAGAAAGGAUAGUCAGCGGCUAUGUGUAAAGAUGCAUGUGUUUUUUAAUUGAUAAAAUGUCAAGGGUCCUCACAAUUUUUGCAUUUGAUUACAUAUCAUACAUCUCACUUCAACUCCUUAUGAAAAUUUAUGACCAAUAAUAUACCACAAGUAGAACUAAAAGCAACACAUUUGACCCACUUAGGUCAUUAUUAUUGUUUUUUUAGUGAUUCACUCAUAGAAGAAGAAUGAUUAUCUACUUUUUUGUAGGACUAAAUCAGUUUUUUUUUUUGCACAAAAUAAAACAAACAAGUCUUGAUUGUGCAUAGCUGCACAUGUUUUUACUCCUAUUUGUCGUAAAUAAGAUUUUUUAUGGGCACACCUCCUUAGGCAAGACAGACAAAAUUAUUUUUAUGCUUAUGUCAUUCUCAUGUCACUAAAAAAUCAUCUUUAUGCUUAUUAACUACGUGAAACUUCACCAAAACAUAAAACAUGCAACACAUUUUAUAUCUAUGCAUGCUAAAAUUCAUUUACAAACAGUGCUAGAAAAUUCACAAAAAAAUCAAAUAAAUUUUUGCAUUGGGCAUAUUACACUCGCGCAACGCGCGAUCAAAUUUUUAGUAAAAUCAUACACCCAGAGUCGUGCCUUCCUUAAGGCUGCAGAGGCAUGGGCCUCAGGGCUCCAAAAAAAUUAAAAAUUUAGGGGCCCAAAAUUUAAAUAUAUUUAUGUUAUACUCGUAUAUAUUAGUUGUUUUAAUAAAUUCGACAUCGUAUUUAAGUAUUGAGCUUUUGUGGUAUUAAUCUCUUAUGCGGAGUAUUAAAAGAUGUUAUUUUACAAAGAAAUACUCUCUCGUGCCAUUGUACAUGUGUUAAUUUCUUUUUUGGGGUUUUCCAAAAUAAGUGUAAAUUGUAAUGAAACAAUUAACUACUUUAACUAAUAUUAAUAUGACAAAUGAAACAAUUAAGUAAUUUAAUAGAUAAACGAGAAGUCUA